AUGAAUGAUACAUAUUUGUUAGCAUACUACCUACAUCCUAAAUAUAAAGAAGAAGAUGAUGAUGAAAAUAAUGAUUCGAUUCUAGAAUUACUUCCCGAAAAUAAUGAUGAUUCUGAACCUAGUGAUGACAUUGAAUUAGAGUUGGAAAGAAUUCUCUCACUAAAUGAAGUAUUUGUUGUUAUAAACAAUAAUGAUUAUGUUACAGCAAAUCAAGAGGAGAAUACAAACAGUGAAGCAACUGAAGAAAUAGAAGAUUAUGACCCAGCACAAUUAGCUUCUAAUUAUCUAAAAUCAAAACUUAUAGAGGCUUUUGCGAAAUCUUUACAAACAUUACAAGAUUUGUUAAAUGAUACACUUAAAAUGUCAGAAGAAAGAGAUAACUAUUGGCAGAAAAAAUUAGGUAAAGAAUUAGAAGCUAAAAAGUUAUGGGAAGAAAGCAUGGAAGCUUUAGCAAUUGAAAAAACUGAAAUGGAAACAGUAAUACAAAAUAAUGCAAAGGAAGAAAAAAUAAUGAAAAAACAUUUAAAAGCAGCUAUUAUUGCUGAAAGUCUAGUUAACUCACCAACUAGUCCUAAAUUUUCAAACUUAUCAUCAAAUUCUAAAGAACCUGUUUCGCCUAAUAAACCUCAAGAUGGUUUAAUUGAUAAAGAUGCUGAAAAGAAAGAGGAGCAACUUUCAUUGGCAGACAUAUACGAUUCUGAAGAUGAAUUUUACGACGCUUUUGAUGGCGGACCAAUUUUAGAAGGGGUCGAACCAAGCAUUAUUACCAAUCCAACCGAAGAUAAUCUCUCGUCAACUUUUGGAAAAAAUGCCUCAUUAUCCAAAGAUGUUCAGCCAACGUAUAUAUCUGAUUCAUACAAUGGGUAUCCCGAUCAUGCUAGAACAAAAUUUUCACUAGAUAAAGGCUUUUCAAAACCUGAAGUUUCAUUAUGGUCAAUAUUAAAAAAUUCUAUUGGCAAAGAUUUAAGUAAUAUCGCUUUACCUGUCUAUUUUAAUGAGCCAACUUCUAUGCUACAGCGUAUGUCUGAAGACAUGGAGUAUAGUGAAUUAUUAGAUCUUGCAGCUAUACAGAAAGGUAGCACUGAGAGAAUUUUAUUUGUUGCUGCCUUUGCUAUGAGCAAUUACUCUAGUACCGUUGGUAGAAUUGCAAAGCCAUUCAAUCCCUUAUUGGGAGAGACUUAUGAGUAUGUUCAUCCAGAUAAAUCCUUUAGGUAUGUGUCGGAACAAGUCAGCCAUCAUCCACCAAUUAGUACAUGUCAUUGUGAAUCACCCAAUUAUGAUUUUUUUUCUGAGGUGGACGUAAAAUCAAAAUUUUGGGGAAAAUCAUUUGAGGCAUUACCACAAGGAGUAUCACAUGCGAGACUAAAAGUUUUAAAGGAAUACUUUCCUACAUAUACAAACAAGUCAGCUGAAGACUUUCCAGCAAAUGGUAAUCCCAAAGCAUUUUCUGAACAUUAUUCAUGGAAAAAAGUUACAACAUCUGUAAAUAAUUAG